AUUGUUUUUCUCCUCAGACCGUCAGUUCACCGAUAAGUGUGUAUUUUGACUGUAAGCGUUACUUCUCUGAAAGCAUGACAUCACAAGACGAUGAAUUUGUGGUUCCUCAUAUGGAUAUUUCCUGUUUACAGAAUUCAAUAGCGUAUCAGAAGGUUCUUGAAGAACCAUGGAUUUACCUUCAUAAUUGGGAUUCCUUAGCAGCUAGUAUCCAGCACGAGGUGGCGCAGAGUUUCUUAAGUGAACUAAGUACACUUAAAACUGAGAUGGCGAUUACCCAAGGUGUCUUUGAUCCGUCAAUGUUUGUUACACCGGAUGUGUCCAAUACGGUUUCAGAACAAAGUCAGAAUGAAAGUACUUCAGAAGCUCCUAAAGAAAACAAAUGAUUUAACUGCUUGCUUAUCUUCCCUAAUUUCCUCAGAUGUAAUUAUCAAAAGUAUAACAAAAAAUGAACUUCCUUCUUCCUCUUUGGUUUGGGUAAAACUAUGCAUGCAUGAGUUAAUUUCUCAAUACUUUACAGUAUUCUUUUUUUUACUGAUGUUAAACUUGGAGAGUUUUGUACAUCUUGAAAUGGGUCAAUGAAUUUUUGUCUCUAAGCUAUUUAAACACUUGAGUAAUUUUGGUUUAUUUUAUAAUCGUAUACAUUUGUGUAACUUAACAAAAUACAGAUACCGUUAAUUGUUGAAAGUGAUCUUUCAUUUUUGAAUCAUAAAUGUAUUCGUCUACAGCCGCCACGAAUGGAAACGCCUUAUGUGAUGUAUAGUAAAAACUGAUAUAAACUUACUUGUCAUUGACUGUGGCAUUACAGAUCACUGUUUCACAAUUGACAUAUGCUCACGUUGCUAUUGGAAAUAGUGAAUACAUUAGUAUUUUCUUUCCUGUAAACACUCAGAAUAAAAUUUGGAUUCUA